AUGUGGAGAGAUUCGGAAAUAACCAAUGAUGAAAUAAGAAGACUGAAAAGAGGAAAGGCACCAGGAGGGGAUGGAAUCCAGAACGAAACGUGGAUGUUCGGGACAGAAGGAGUGAAAGAAAGGAUAUGGGAAGUGGUAGAUGGAGUUUGGAAGGGAAAAGGGGGACAAAAAAGUGAUGUGAAGAACUACCGAGGGAUCACCUUGCUUAAUACGGCGUUCAAGAUAUACGCAAUGAUACUAGAUGAGAGGUUACGAAAGGAGAUGGAAGCAAGGGGUAUGUUACCAGACGGUCAGGCAGGAUUUAGGAAAGGAAGAGAUUUCAAAGCAGCGUUUGAUAACGUGAAUAGAGAGAAAAUGUGGGAGUAUUUGAGGAGAAAGGGAAUAGAUGCGUACCUGGUAACGAAAAUGGAAGAAAUAUAUGAAGAAACAGUAAAUAAGGUGAGAGUGAAUGGAAUAGAGAGCGAGACUUAUCUAGGAGAUAUAGAUGAAAUGUUCAGAAAAGCACAGACAGGAGAGGUGGUAGUGGGCAAAGAGAAAGUGUGGUCGUUGGCGCACGCAGAUGAUUUAGUGAUUGUGGCAAAGAAAAGAGAAGAAAUGAAAACAAUGAUUAAAAGUUUGGAGAAGUAUAUAAAAAAAGGAAUUGGAAGUGAAUGUGAAAAAACAAAAAUGUUGGUGUUUGGGAAGUAA